UAUAUAAUCCACCGGCGGUGCCAUCGGAAAUCAGUCAACUCGACAAGACAAACCGAGUAACUUGCUACACCAACGAUGAAGAUCUUUGUCGCAUUCGCUGUUCUCGCCGUGGCGGCCGCGGAACCACCCAGGUACCGUCAGCAACAAAGACAAUACUACUUCGCCAGGCAGCAGGAGGACACAACCACGGUCGACGCUCCGUACGCUCCAUCCAAUUGGAGACCAACCGGACCAGCCUUCGAGCUUCCUCAGAGAGGAUCGCAGGUUCCUCAGAGGCAAUACGGAGCACCAGCCGCCCCUCAGCAGCAGUACGGAGCACCCGACGCUACUCAGCAACAGUACGGAGCACCCGACGCUACUCAGCAACAGUACGGAGCACCCGACGCUUCUCAGCAGCAGUACGGAGCUCCUGCGACUCCUCAAAGACAAUACGGAGCACCGACAGCUCCUCAACAGCAAUACGGAGCACCGACAGCUCCUCAACAGCAAUACGGAGCACCGGCAGCUCCUCAACAGCAAUACGGAGCUCCCGCGACUCCUCAAAGACAAUAUGGAGCGCCGGCAGCACCCCAAUCUCGAUACGGAGCGCCGGCAGUUCCUCAGCAACAAUACGGAGCCCCGCAAGAAGCUACCACCACCGAAGUAGCCGACACCACCGAGGAGGAGGAUGUCACCACCGUUUCCAGCGUCACCGAGUCCGAGUCCGAGCCCGUGAACUCCGUGAACGAGCUCGAAGACGAAGAGGUUGACGAACAGCAGCAGCAGCCCCAGCAGUCCGGAGAGUACUACAUCGCCCUUCCCGACGGCCGUCUUCAACGCGUGCGGUACGUCAGCCGCCAGGACGCCGAGGCCAUGAAGUAUUUCGCGAAGAUCCGUGCCGAGAACGUGGAGCCUCUUCGUGGACCGAUCUACGCUUACGCUCCUCUCGAAAAGCUGCAGAUCCUGCCCGCUGAACUGCGACUCUCCGUCGGUCCGGUCGCGCCCAUCGCGCCUAUCGCAGCUGCCCCCGUCGAAUCGAAACCGCAAAAACUCGAGAUCAAGCCGGUCGCCACCCAAGUGCAAUACCAAUACGACGAUCCCGCCGGCGUGAUUCCGCUGUCCGCUAACCCAGUCAGCUCCUCUUACACUACCUACACCACCAAUUACCAAGUGCCCGCCAGCGAGUCCAGAUUCCUUCUGUCCGUCCAGUAAACUUGCACCCGCGAACGCUUGGCUCUCUCCUAUGUAUUUAUGUAAUUUAUGUAGAAAUUAACGUUUUAAUUGACGAGGGACCUGGACAACCAGGCCCAAACUGAUUCAACGCGACGCUCGCGAGUGCGGGGUGAUAAUGCGAGUUGAGCGAAUUAUGCGUAGAUUAAGAACGAAGCAGCAAUAAAGUCAUUGUCACUGAA